AUGGCAGGGGGAAGAAGGGGCCCUAACCGGACGUCCUACUGCCGCAAUCCUCUCUGUGAAACUGGAGCCACUGGGGGCGCUGGCCAUUCCACCAGUUCUUCAGUCACCAGCGUGCGCUCCCGUACCAGGUGGGCAUGAACCCCCAGAGACUGUUGGAUCAUUCUGUCUGAUACAGAAUUCUGUCCUAUCUGAAUUCUCUCUUGCUCCUCCAGCACCCAAAGUGGACCCAGUACAGCUCAUCAAGCUUAGCUACUUCUUUUCUCCUGUAUACAGUGGCUUAGAAAAGUUGAUAGGAAACUGCCAUACACCAAGUAAGAGCAUUGGUCCAACCAGCUCAGUGCUGUCUGCACUGCCUGACAGCAGCUCUCCAGAAUUUCAGACAGGUCUCUCCCAGCGCUGCCUGGAGAUGCCAGGGAUCAUACCCUGGGACCUUCUGUACGACAAAGCAGAUGCUCUAGCACUGAGCUAUGACCCUUUCUCUAAAAGGGAAAUGCCGAUUCAAAUCUCACCCCAGCCACAAACACUCUAGCUGUAUCCAUCAACCACUGCCUCCACCUGCAGUAUGGUGGUAGCAAUACUGACCUAACUUGCAGGACUGUUAAGGUUUUUCAAGUAUGAAACACUGUCAGCUUUGAAAAAGCACUGCAAAUGCAUGGGAUUUCAUAGAGACUGCAGCUCCCAAUGAGAGCACCUUCACUGUGUCCCAUUUAGGUCAGGCCCUACUCUAAAUCCCUUUGCUGUGCAAUAUGAGAAUUUUUGCCAUAUGAAACGAGGUCUACAUGGCAUCCACCAGCCUGACUGACCUUAGUGGGAGGCUAGAGUGGGAGGAGGCUGAUGCCUUUUUAAGAGCUUGGUCAUGCUUAUAUAGCUGUAGGGCAGCCUUCUAAUGCUGUGCAUCUAAGCCAGGGCUGAGGCAUCUUUCUGUGGUGCUUGAGAUGUUGUUAGACUUCCAACUCCUAUCAACCCCAGUCUCUGUGUGUGUGGCCAGUGCUCAGGGAUGGUGGUAGUUACAGUCCAACAAUUUAGGAGGAUCACAGGUUCUCCAUCCCUGCCCUAAACCAUUUAGGUCUUUAGCGGCUACUGAGGCUCUAAAUUCAGUGUUGAAUGUGUAACUACUACAGACACCACCUAGGCUCACAAGCAAUCUGGUGGCCGAAUUUCUGGAAGUUUCAGGCUCCCUUUAGAAGUAUUCCUUUGCAGAAAGCAUUACAGUAGUCCAGUCUGGGAUACAGUAUGCUGCCAUGACUGAUUCUGUUGUUUUUAAUUAUUUUUGUCUUGAGCUGCCAUGAGUUUCAAAAAGGUGCUGCAAAUGAUUUACAGAACUUAUUAUUAUUAUUGCUGUAAGACCUUGGCAAUGCAGGCGCAUCACCCUUUCUUGCCUUGGGAAAGUGCACCAUAGUGGCAUUGAAGGGAGGGCAAGACAGGUGGAGUAGGGGGCAUGGAGUGGGGGGCUGCUUAUGGCACAGAGGAGGGGAAAUUGGGAGAACGCAAUACAUUGGUACAAAAAGUGGCACAUUCAUGUUAGCAAUUUCAGGCCUAAUUCUUAGGUGGAUGGAUCUGAAUGCUUGCAUUCAGAAGUUUUUCUGAGCUGUCUUUUUUUCCUUCUGCCCCUCUUCCGCUGUAGGAGUGGCUCAGGGACGGGCCUUUCCAGCCCUCCUCUGGCAACCCAGACAGUGGUUCCCCUCCAGCACUGCAAGAUCCCAGAGCUUCCCAUUGAGAGGAGCAUCUUGUUUGAACUCCAGCUCUUCUUCUGCCACCUUAUCGCCCUCUUUGUCCACUACAUCAACAUCUACAAAACAGUGUGGUGGUACCCACCAUCACACCCUCCAUCCCAUACCUCGUUGGUGAGUAUCUAGUGAGCUUGCUGCUCACUUGCAAGAUCACAAAAUCACAUUGAUAAGGUCAAGAAGAGUAUAGACAUAUAUACACAAAAUAACACUGAAGCUUUUUUAUUAUUCUCUAAAAGCUUUCUUAAAUAGGAAGACCUUGCACUGCUUCCUUGAACAGGGCUCUACAGUGACACCUAUUGACAGAACAUGUUAUAACAGGACAAGUUUUGCUGCAAAAGAUGUGCAUUACAUAAUCAGAAAGUGAAAAAAGCUGCUUCAUUUCAUAUUUAUGACUAGUAGCAAAGCUGGCUUCAGAGAUCUGAUCAGGCAUUUGCCAGUGCCCAGAAGCAUAAUGGUGCACACUUUGCAUGGAAUAGCCAAGAAGGUCAGGUUUGUUCUGUGAAUUCUAGGAUUGCCCUCCCAACCUCUUUCAGAUUAGGCAGGUCCACAAAGGUUCCUUGCCUGCGGGUGGUGGCGGGCAGUAUCCUAAUGCUGUGGGUAUGGUGAGGCAAACCUCUCCACUUCUGUGGUCAUAGAACAUUCAUCCAUAUGAGUUAGAAUUAAGGCAAAAAAACCAGGUGGGAUUCAGCUCAAAAAAGCAGUAAGUCUUGGAGUGAGUGAGUGAACCUUCCCUUAGUCUUCAUGAAGUUGGAUCUUUGGUGGGUUCUUUUUUUCUGCUAUAACUUCUCAUAUGUUUCCCAGUGGCCCAUGGAAGCCUCUUCAUUUUCAUUUUUCUAUAAGCUUGUGGACCAAUCAAGUCCUCUUUUUCUGUUUCUGCUUCUUUCUACAGAAUUUUCAUCUCAUCGACUUCAACGUCCUGGCAGUGACAACCAUUGUUCUGGCAAGGAGGUUGAUUGGUGCUAUCGUGAAGGAGGUGAAGGAGGUAGAGGCCUGGAGCCCCCCACCCUAUCUGGGGGGUUACUCGCUUCCUGUAUUUAAGCCUGUACUUGUUUCAGCUUUUCUUUAUUAUGUAAAGAGCAGCUGUGCUCUAUGGCAGCCUCCAUUCAUUCCAGUGGAUAUGUCUAUUACUGGCUUCCCAUAAGCAAGCAGGGAUUAGCACUGGUGAGCUUCUGUAGGGAGGGAGUUCCAAAAAACAUGACCCUUUGUCCUUUCACCCCAGCCUGUAAAGCAUGGCCUUCCUCACCUGUCUUAAUGGGUGCAGAGAGACCACAGAUGGAGUAAAGCAGCCCUUAGUGGAUGUUUGGCUUAAGGCACAUAACGGUGCAAUACCAAGCAUGUUUAUUCAGAACUAAGUCCCUUUGAAUUCAUUGGGACUUAGCGAAUAUGCUUAGAGUCUGCAACCCUAGAACUAGGAAUUCUGAUGCACUGCUGAUUUUUCCCCAAAGGGAGAGGGAAUAUAUGAUUUAUGGGCUACUAUUAAAAUAUUUAAAUUGUACUUUAACCCGUAUUUUAAUAAACUGGGUUUCCCACCACAUUAUGUUUUAUUAUAAUUUUAUUGGUGUUAGCCACCCUGAGCCCAGCUCUAGCCAGGGAGGGCGGGGUAUAAAUAAAAAUUUAUUAUUAUUAUUAUUAUUAUUAGCCCACAAGAUGGGGUGAUGUUUGCCACUUUGGGAGACUUUAAAAAAGAAUUGGACAAAUUCAUUGAGAAUAAGGUUAUCAGUGGCUGCUAGUCAUGACAAUGGCCUUCAUGUAUUGGAGGUGGGAUGCCUUGGAAUUCCAACAACUGGGGAACUUGAGAGUGCUGCUGAUCUUGUGUCCUGCUUGUGGGCUUCUAACAGGCAUCUGGCCACUGUUGAAACAUAAUGCUGGACUACAUGGGUCUUUGGCCUGAUUCAGCAAGCCAGACUCGUCUUAUCUUCCUCUUCCUCCUCCCAGGCUUCUCAUACUGGCAAAGUCUCUCUUCCGCGCUCUGUUUUCCUGGUGAUCACUCGUUUUGCUGUCCUUACUGGGGCAGGUUGGAGUUUGUGCCGAUCCAUAAUCCACCUCUUCAGGACAUACUCACUCCUCAACCUCUUGUUCUUGUGCUAUCCGUAAGUACCAGCAAACCCUUCUCAUAUUAUUAUAAGUUGCUUUGGGUUGCCUUGGGCAGAUAAAUAAUAACAGUGAGACAUUUCAGAGCCCCUCUCUUUCUGUUCUUCCCAGGUUUGGCAUGUACGUCCCCUUCCUGCAGCUAAACUGCGACUUCCGCAAGACUGGCCUCUUCUCCCAAGUGGCCAACAUUGGCCCCCGUGACACAGGUGAGGUCAGCUCAAGGGGCAAGGACUACCUAUCUGUUCUGAAGGAGACCUGGAAGCAGCACACCCGGCAGUUGUACGGCAUGGAAGCCAUGCCCACCCACGCCUGCUGUCUCUCCCCGGACCUGAUCCGCAACGAGGUGGAGUACUUGAAGAUGGACUUCAACUGGCGCAUGAAGGAGGUGCUGGUGAGCUCCAUGCUCAGCGCAUACUAUGUGGCCUUUGUGCCCGUCUGGUUUGUGAAGGUAUGUGAACAAUGGGUGAGUUGCCUAUGCAGCACAAAAUCUAAUUGAGGGGGGACUUUUUUGACCCAGGGACCAGGCACUUCCUUCUGAGGAACCUUUCAGAGGUUUCAUGCCAGUGGUGGGUGGGCCAAAAGUGGGCGAGCGAUAAAUGCAAAUUUUACCAUUGUACAGCAAGCUAGUUUCUACACACAAUGAAGUACUGACAAAACAGAUAAUGUAAGAAAUAAACACAUAAACUGAAACAUAAAUUAACGCAAACAUUUCUUUUGUGGGUGGCAACCUGGAAGGAAACAAAAGUGGAUAUUGUUGCCUUUGAAUUUCCCUCUUUAAAGCAGGUAGUCAGGCUUGGCAGCUUUUCAGAAUUUGGGGUUUUUGUUUUUGUACAUGUGCGGUCUUCGUUCCUGUUGGGCCACAGAUGAUUUGCAUGAGUGUGUUUAGGCAAAGGCAGCAAAUUGUGUCAAUAGCUAGCAACUCUUUGAAAUUUUGUACAUUCUGGCCUCCUCUGCCACCACCCGUGAAAUAGAGUGGCCCUGGAGUUGGCCAUCCCUGCUGUAGAAAGUUCUCACAAUCUCACUGCCUUGCACCCAGAAAAGCAGUUCUCUUGGUAGAUGCAAAUUGGAUUGGUUUACUUUGUGGAGGUGAAAGGCCAGCUCUAAAGAUACCAUGCCUGUCUAACAUCUGCAUGCUCUCUCUCCCGCCUUGCUUUCCUACAGAAUACCCAGUAUUACGACAAGCGAUGGUCGUGUGAGCUGUUCCUCUUGGUUUCCAUAAGCACCUCUGUCAUCCUCAUGCAGCAUUUGCUGCCUGCCCGCUACUGUGACCUCCUCCACAAGGCUGCAGCCCACCUGGGCUGCUGGCAGAAGGUUGACCCAGCACUCUGCUCCAAUGUGCUACAGCAUCAGUAAGCAGAUCUCUGAUCAUGGCUCCCAUACUCUUUCUAAAAACAUUUCUGGGGCUGGUAGGUAGCUACCUGCAUCCUGGGGCAGGAUGCAGGUAGCUUAUGUACAACCUCAACAUCGGUCUGAGUAAACUGAGAGGGUGUCCUGGGACACACAGGGUGUGAUGAGCAAGCUGCCUCUUGUGUAAGUUCCUGCUCUCACUGAGCCUUAAUCGGUUUCCAAAGAACACCGCUUGAAAAGCACCGGUUGACACCAUUGGGUAUCCUUGGACAACUACCCCUUUGCUCUUCCAUCCAUGCCUUCUUUAAGGUGUGUAUCAGAAGCCGAAUCAGAUCAAAAGUGAGAAACAUACACACACCAGUAAAAAUGAGUGCUUCCCUUUUCACCCUGGCAUACCUGGUCACAUAAAGCAAUAGCAGAAGCAGGUAGGGUGAAAAUAUUGGGUUGCCAACAUUUGAUGUGGCCCAAAUGCUGUGCAUAUGGGUCCUUUUUUCCUGUUUUUGUCAAGCUACCAGAUAUUGCUUUGAGCCCAACCAGCAGUGUAUGAAGGCAGCAGAUCUCCGCUGUUCAUUGACCCCCCAGCUCUGGUACUCAAAGCCUGCCAUUCCUUAGCAUGGGGAGCUUUUAUGGCAGGCAUAGCCCUUGUUGGAUUCUGGCUUCAAAGGCUUUAAAAGGGAGGAUGAUGAUAAGAGAUUUCAACACCUUUUGCAUAAAAGUAAAUAGCUGGCAGCCCUAGGAAGAUGUUCUCCACACACAACGUGCAUGCCCACACCUGAAAUAGUACUAUCAGGAGUAGCUCAUGUCUGCAAUUUCAUGUAUGGGUAGAUGGAUUAGAACAGCCUUCUCUAAGCUGGUGCCCUUGUUUAUUGACUAGUGGGAAUUAUAGUCCAAAAUAUCAGUGACUUGCUCUGCAGUUCUCUGAGUGCUUCCUUGGGACUAUUCACCAUUACACACAGUGGUACUGAGUCUGUGAAGUUUUCCCAUCUCUCUCCUCCCAUCUCAGGUGCCUCUUUAUUUAUUUUUCAGGUGGACCGAGGAAUGCAUGUGGCCCCAGGGGGUGCUAGUGAAACACAGCAAAAAUGUGUACAAAGCCGUCGGCCACUACAACGUGGCUGUGCCUUCAGAUGUCUCCCACUUCCGGUUUCAUGUAAGCUUUUGCUCUUUUCCAGUACAGAAUGAUGAAUGCAUGACUGAGUGAGCUGACAUCCUUCUAAGGAGCCCAGUGGUGUGAGGUUCAAGGUGGAACCUCUCCCGUUUAUCCUCACAGCAACCCCUAUGUGAGGUAGGCUAAUCUGAGACAGAGAGAGUGAUUGGGUCAAAGAGUUUUGAGCGUAGACACACUAAUCGCUAUGCUGUAUUGGCACUCUUAGGCAUUCUGUCUGGUGGGCUACCUAAAGGAGCCACAUUCUGCAGCCAGAAUUCUACAGAUCUUUAGGGAGCAGGCACAAAUGCAUAAAUUUGCCUGGUUGCCAGAUUUUCAGAACAUAUGAAGGACCUUGCUGCUAGAUUAACCAAAGGCCAACCAGAUGCCUGUGAGAAACCCACCAGCAGAACUUGAGCACAACAGCACUUUUCCUCGCCUGUGAUUCCCAGCAACUGGUAUUCGGAGUCAUGCCACCUCCAACAUAGAACAUAGCCACCAUGGCUCUUCAGGCAUUUCUUUCUGGCCUAAGUAGGCAUGUGAAGGGGUCUGCAGGGAUGAAGGUGCUAAGCUGUGCUCUCAUUGCCAUUCCUGCCACCCUCUGUGAAUCAGCAGGUCCCCAGUGCACACGGAGGCUCCCUUUGCUUUCAAAACCUUUUGUUUUUCCAGAGUUCUGAAAUACCCAGGAAGCCUCUCUGAGUACAGUUUGCUGUCUAGCCUCAUGGUGAGAGCACAGAUACUGGGGUGGUGGAGGAACUGGCACAUUUCCCCCUGUUUCCCCUGCCCCAACCUGCUCACAUAAUGUGGAAAGAAGAAUGUCUGAAAAGGAGUCAAUAGGUAGGUAGGUAGGUAGGUAGGUAGGUAGGUAGGUAGAAAGAAAGAAAGAAAGAAAGAAAGAAAGAAAGAAAGAAAGAAUAAUAAAAUGUUAGUAUAUGAAGGUGAAAUCAUAGCAGUGCAACAGCUAGCAUAGAAGAACUGAUGCGCUGAAAUUAAACUGAUGCCUGUUUAAUUAAAAGAACAGAAAAUUCAGCAUGGAGAAUUCAGGAUGGAGAGAGAGGGAGUUUGUCUUAACCUCAAACAAGGAAGGCUGUGUCUGUAGCCCCUGCCAGUUGCCCAGGCAUCAAAGAAGGGAGACAGAAGGGCCUCUGAGGCCAGUAUUAAUGCUCAGGCAAGCUCAUAAGGUGAAGACAACAUGUUCACAUCCCCUUUAGGGCUUCAAAAGGUAAUACCAGCACAAUUUGUCUCCUGUGCAUAGAGGGUGCACCCUAGAAAACACCGAACACUCUUCUAUGGCUGCAGGUUGCAGUGAAUGAUCAGUAGUGGCUGGAGUUCAAGGACAUUUGUCCGCCAUUGCUGAACCCCUGAUGAACUGUUUGAGAAUCACUGCAAUAAAGGUUGGAAGGUAGUCUCCAGAUUCAGAUGGAACAUAUCGGUGUGCGCACCUGCAUUUACUUUAGAAUGCACUUAAGUAGAUUUAAUCGUUAGAACAAAAGAGCAAGGUUCCACUCCUCUUGCAGACAAAAGUCUAGGCCAGCCUUCAUCAACUUGGUGCCCUCCAGAUAUUUUGGACUACAGCUCCCAUCAGGCCCAGUCAGCACAGCCAGUGGUCAAGAUUAUGGGAGCUUGGAUUCCAAAAGGAUUAUGGGAACUUGGGAGUCUGGAAGGGCACCAGGUUGGGGAAGGCCAGUCCGGGCAGUUCCCAGGAAAUUGCCGAUGCCUCACCCAUCUUUGGGCCAUCCAGUUCUUUUUCAGCAAACCCCUGCGGAUCUUAAACAUCCUGAUUCUCCUCGAAGGAGCCGUCAUCUUCUAUCAACUCUACUCGCUGAUCGUGUCAGAGAAGUGGCACCAGACCAUCUCACUAGCCCUGAUCCUCUUCAGCAACUACUAUGCCUUCUUCAAGCUCCUGCGGGACCGGCUGGUGCUGGGCAAAGCUUACUCGUACUCCGCCACCAGAGACACUGACCAGAAGCUCAACUGA